AUGGAUCGUGCGACCAGCUUCAUCUGGCUCUGUGGGCUCCCCUGCCUGCUUAUCCUCGUCGCUUGGCGAACAGUCUCAUGCCCUUACACCAAGGUCGAGGAGAGCUUCACAAUACAAGCGGUACACGACAUUCUCAGCUAUGGCAUUGGACCCGACGCCUUGCCGCGUUACGAUCAUCAAGUCUUUCCAGGAGCUGUACCGCGCUCGUUUAUCGGACCGAUUCUGCUAGCUGUCGUAUCGUACCCUUUCAUCCUCUUCUCGAGGUUGGUCGGGGCGAUAGAGACAUCGGCAGAUGUCCAAGUCAUUGUCCGACUCUGCCUUGCAUCCGUCAACGCCGCUGCCCUCACUUUCUUUUGCCAGCAAUGCUUCGUCUCGUCCGCAGAGAUUGCUAAGAGGAAAGGUUCGCCAGAGCGAACAGACGAGCGAUGGCAAGCCGGGUUGUUCUUGCUCAUUUCGGCAGCUCAAUUCCACUUUGCGUUCUGGGCAAGCCGAACAAUUCCCAACUCGCUCUCGCUGCCAUUUGUCGUCGCUGCGCUGGCACUCGUCUGCCGCAGCAUUGCCAUCCCAAAUGACAGCAAACAGCGCACCUUGUCCGAUGCAAAGGCAGCCAUCUGGCUGUUGACUUUCAGCACCGUCGUGCUGCGCCUCGAGAUUGUAGCCACGCUCAUCCCUGUGGGCCUGUAUCUGCUGUUGACGAGCAAGAUCAGUCUGUGGACUGGCCUCAAGACUGGCAUCAUCGCCGGCGCUUUCAGCGUCUUCCUAACCACGGCGAUCGACACCUACUUCUGGCAGGAUUUGGUGAACUCAGGAGCCCAAAGCAUCCUCAAAGUGUUCGCUGUGGCUCUGCUAAACCUCGUCACGGAUGGUCGGCCGUACCCUCUCUGGCCCGAGCUUGAUGCUCUGCUCUUCAACGUCGUCGAGGGCAAGAGCAGUGAAUGGGGUGUCUCGCCCUGGCAUGCGUACGCCACGUCACUGAUUCCCAAGCUGCUCGCAUUCACAGCUCCACUUGUUGUCAUUGGAGCUUCGCAGCUGAUCAAGAAGAGCAGCACAGCUCUGGAGGCAAGAGCUAGCUUCUUGUUACUCACAGCUAUGACGCAUAUUGGAGUGCUCAGCAUGCUGGGUCACAAAGAAUGGCGCUUUGCGUUCUACAUCGUACCUGCUCUCAAUGUGGUAGCCUCCAUCGGAGCCAGUAAACUGGUUCGAUCCUGGCCCGGGAAAGCCGUGCUUGCAGCGCUGCUCAUACUCCAGGUGGGCUUGAGCUGGUUCACAGGCCACCUGAGUUCCAUCAACUACCCCGGCGGAGACGCAUUCGCGAUCAUGCACCAGCAAGUUCAGUCCAGCCCGGAAGGGAUUGCUCGCGGUCCGAUCAUCGUUCACGUCGAUGUGCUACCAGCCAUGACCGGAGUCACUCUAUUCGGCUCGAUUCACUUGGACCGCACACGCUCGACCGGAUUACUUGAUCGCUUCAGUGGGGUUGUGCCAGCUUUGUGUGGAUCGGGACAGUGCUGGGUGUACGACAAGACCGAAGAUCUGCCCGUGUCUGGGCCUGAGGCUGCACGAGCAUGGUCUUCCUUCACGCACAUCCUCACAGAGACGCCAGAGUGCCGCAUUCUCCGAUCGCAAGCUGGGAGAGAGGUAGCUGAUUCUGAUCAGCCGUUUGAACCCUUGGCGCCGCCUGUCACGUCGUUCAGCGGACUGCAGCGCAAAUCGUUUUCGCAGAUCAAGACCGACGUGCUCAGUAUUCCCAAGGCGCUGCUGGGAUUUUCCGGCCAGAGGCCUGAGGCAGGCACUAUGAUACGUCUCGCAUUGCCUGUGGUCAUCGCUAAGAAUCCAGCCGUGUGGCUUUGUCGUCGCAAGCCAGACAGGCUCUGA